AUGGCGCUCGCCGUUCGAGGACGCGAGGGAGUGACGGGAAAUGGCGGCUGUCGUCACGGGAGAGGAAAGUCGCCCCGCGACGUGCGGUUUAAUGACGUCGGACGCAGUGAGGUCCGGGGGACGCCUCCGGCCGCGUUGACGUCAGACGCAGUGAGGUCGGGCGUGAAGACGCGGCGAUGGCGGACGACGUCAUUGGCUGUCCGGAGAAAGGUGGGGGGGGUGUGCCCAGGCACCCGAGACGACUUCCGGUGGAGGCGACGGGAACUUCCGGUGCUGGAGAAGAGGAAAAUGGACCCGUUCGCUGCCCACCGCCAGCACAUGUCUGCACUUUUCGGGGGCCUCGGCUCCCCGCUGGGCUUCGACCCCUUCCUGAGCCUGACCGAUGGCCGCACCGCCCUCGCUCCCCACCCCGGCGCCCUGCAGCACUCCCGCCGGGCAAUACAGCCUGGUGCGUUAUCACCGUUUGACAUGUUUGGGAUGGGCCGGGUCGGAUUUGGUGACAUGUUCGGGAUGAUGAACAGCAUGUUCAGCAACAUGAACUCCCUCCUCGACAACAUGGUGAGUCCUCGGUCCCUCCCUCCCUCCCUCCCUCCGCACUCCCGGGGACCGCAAGGCCCUGCAGUCCGCUGCCCGACCGAGUCCUUCCUCACUGAGGGUUGCCGGGAGCGGAAGGUAGGUCCAGUCGGGAAGGAGCACCGAAACGCUUCCGGUGUUUGUACCCGUUGUACUAGAAUGUUUUAG